UUUUUGUUUUCUCAGGCUGAUUGCACACAAUUGGCAGCAAGUUGUGGAUUCAUAGGCAUUUCCAGGUAACAACGGACUGCAGAGCCCUCCAGUGUGCCCCGGUAGAAUAUCAGGAUAUUUAAACAGGACUACAAACACACAUUUAUGUGUGGUCGCCGCCACUGCUCGGAGUCGCGGGAAUCAUGAAGCUGCUGCUCAAGGAGCUGACGCGUUUAACCACGCAGCAUCGCACCUUCUAUUGCUACAUGUUUCUCAGCAUAUGGAUCUUCCUACUGAUAGCGGGCAUGUAUCGCUACAUGGGAAACUUUGAGCACAAUAGCAGUCCGGGCAGCGGCGGCGGUGGCUAUGGUCCUGGCACAGGCACCGCCAGCUCUGGCGGUGGUGUUGGUUCUAUUGACACCUCCAGCGCACAGCGUUUUGCCAAAUACCGGGAACGCUGCGCAUCGCUGUCACAGUUGACGCGCAUGGACGAUGGCGGCAUACUGGAGGGCUGGAAGCUGCAGGGUGUGCUCCUGGUCAUACGGCACGGGGAUCGCGGCGCCAUGUCCCACGUACAUGCCAAUGGCAUCAAUUGUGGUGUGCCCGCCGAUGGCGACAGCCUGGUCAACAGAUAUCGAAGCUUUCUGCACAACUCCAGCAGCUCCGCUUCGGGAUCGAAUCACAUGUACUGGAGCAAGGUGGGACCAUUUCAUGGCUUUCCGCUGCUCCCUGCCACGGAGCGCGGCUGUCCACUGGGCCAGCUAACCUACAAAGGGAUUGCCCAAUUGCUGCACGUGGGCGACAUCAUGCACCAGAUCUAUGCGCAUCCGUUGGGGCUGCUGCUGAAGCCGAAUGCACUGCGCGGAUCCGUGGACACAACGCCGCACACGCUGCUCAACUCGGACGAGGUGGUUGUGUUUACGACGCGAUAUCGACGCACCUUUCAGUCGGCGCUGGCGCUGCUCUUCGCCCUGCUGCCGGCGGACAAGUGGCUGGCGCUGAAUGUGCGCGAAUCGCACAGCAUGGCCUUCUGCUUCGGCGACUGCAGCUGCGCCCAGACGCUGGUGCUGCGCAAGCGCUUGAUGCAGCUGGCCGAACGCCGGCUGCUGCGCCGCGCCGACGUGCUCGCCGUGAUGCAGUGGAUCGGCGGCACGCUGCUGCAGCAUACGGCGACUGAGGGCGGCGUUACGAAUCCCUUCGAGGUGGUCGAUGCCAUGCUGACUGUGCUCUGCCACGAUGCCGCCCUGCCCUGUCGCCGGCGCAAUGUCAGCCAGGCGGUGAGCACGCGCGCCCACAAUCCGGAACUGGUGGAUGUCAUCAACAUUGAUCAGGAUGAGACGGCGGCCAAUUUGAUGCAGGAGGGCUUGCCACCGCUGGAGCCGGCGGAAGAGGAGCAGCUGGAGGCGGCGGCUGGCGGCUGCGUGGAGGCAUCCCACGUGGAUGCGCUCAUGUCCUUUGCCGACGAACUGUCGCUGCGCACCGCUCGACAUGUCUACUACAAGCGGUCGGGACUGCUCCGCGCCUACGGCAUGAUCAGGCACAUUGUGGGCUACAUGCUCAAGAUGAUAUCCGGGGAUCGGACCAAGUUUGUGCUCUACUCUGGCCACGAUUGCACCAUGCAAUAUCUGACCGCUGCCUUGGGCAUCAUCACGGACCACGGCCAGACCAUUGCCUAUGCCUCCCGGCUGGCCUUCGAGGUCUAUCGCAGCGAGGCCCACACGGAUUACUAUUUCCGUGUCGUGCACAAUGGACGCGAUGUCACCCAGCAGAUCGACUUCUGCGAGGGCGGCAAAAGCCUGCGGGUGACGCGCGACAGUCGCGGCAACAAGGCCGAUCUCUGUCCGAUCGAGAACAUUAUCCGGUUCCUGCACGAGGACUAUUUCGCGCCACUGAACGCGACCAAUUUCAAGGAGGCCUGCGCCGCCUCCAUCGGCCCGCCAUCCAAGGCCAACGAGUUCUAGAGGAGCGCCGGGUUCCAUUCCCAGGCACUUUGUUGAACUGUGAUAAGUAGUUAAGGGUUAAGGGAAAAAACCCAACAAACCCAACCACAACCAGGCAUAUCAAGUCGAUCGCACACUUUGGCAUAAGUAUUUUAGCAGAAUUCUAGCUAAAUCGUAAUACCUAGAUCUGUAAGUCCCGACAAACGAUGCAUAUCAGUGCAAAUCUAUACAUAUCUCUAGGCUAAGUUCUUUCGAGGCAAAAUACCUCUACGUAUGUCUCUUACAUAUCAGCAACAUAUCAUGUGCAACACUUACCUACAGUUUUCAACUAUAUACAUAUAUAUAGUAUAUACAUAUACAACUUUUGCCCAGUUAAGUAUUUAACUAAAUGUUAGCCCAAGCGAAUAAAAAGUAUCAUUCAACAGGCAUUUAAAAGAUUGA